GAAACCCGAAACUCUUAGUUUGAAAUGCGGCGCUGCUCUUCCGCGCUUGCAUAUUAAAUGAGCUGGGAGCCGCCGGACUCAGUGGCAGUGCUGUGACUGGGCUGAGCGGACGGACUGGGACUUCACCAUGGCGGCCGAGCUCUCCACCUCCAUAAACAUCAAAGAACCUCGCUGGGAUCAGGGAACCUUCAUAGGCCGAGCGAAACACUUCUUCACCGUCACAGACCCCCGCAACAUCCUCCUGUCCAAUGAACAGCUCGAGAAGGCGCACAGGAUCAUUCAGGAUUACAGACAGGGGGUGGUGACCCCAGGUCUGACAGAAGAUGAGCUCUGGAGGGCAAAGUAUAUUUUUGACUCAGCAUUUCAUCCAGACACGGGGGAGAAGAUGCUGGUGAUCGGCCGCAUGUCCGCUCAGGUCCCCAUGAACAUGACCAUCACCGGCUGCAUGAUGACCUUCUACAGGACAACCCCAGCAGUGCUGUUCUGGCAGUGGAUCAAUCAGUCCUUCAAUGCAAUAGUUAAUUACACCAACCGCAGUGGAGAUGCUCCCAUUACAGUGAAUCAGCUCUGCACAGCGUACGUGUCUGCGACUACAGGAGCGGUCGCCACGGCUUUAGGACUCAACGCACUAGCAAAGCAUGUCUCUCCACUUGUAGGACGCUUUGUGCCGUUUGCUGCUGUAGCUGCUGCUAACUGUAUCAAUAUUCCACUGAUGAGGCAAAGGGAGCUGAAACACGGCAUUCCAGUCACAGAUGAGAAUGAUAACCGGUUAGGGGAGUCAACAAACGCAGCACAACAGGCAAUCUCACAGGUGGUCAUCUCCAGAAUCCUCAUGGCCUCUCCUGGAAUGGCUAUUCCACCAUUUUUAAUGAACUCAUUGGAAAAGAAGGCUUUCCUUAAGAGGUUCCCAUGGAUGAGUGCACCCAUUCAGGUCGGCUUGGUGGGAUUUUGCUUGGUCUUCGCCACUCCACUAUGCUGUGCACUGUUCCCACAGAAGAGCUCCAUGGCCCUGAGCCGUCUGGAGCCCGAGCUUCAGGAAAAGAUCCGUGCGAGUCAUCCAGGAGUGGAGAGAGUCUACUUUAACAAAGGACUAUGAGAGGAAAAGCCCCAUCCCUACACUGCCAUAGCCAUCCCUCUCACCGCCAUGUUAAAGCCACCUUCAGUGUGCCAAAGUUAAGUUCCUCUGUCUCAUCUCAAGGACAUCCCGACUCAGUUGUUUUGUAAGACGUUAUUCCUAGUGACUGUUAGGUUUUUUAAAUAAAAAAAAAGGAGUUUUUGACGUUGCAGGUGUGUGCUAGUGUUAGGAAAAUACCUGUCUCAAAGGGUGCUCUUUCAGUUUGGUUUUGUACCUACAUGUAGAGUUUUUGACGUUUUCGUUCGCAGUUCAAAAGCAGUUGGAUGGUGGCGCGAUCUGUGCUGUUUUGGAUUUGAAAUGAAAUAAUAAAAAUGAGGUAAAAGUGCAGAAAAAAACAGAGGAUUGCAAACUCAGGCCAGCAGUUUGGUACAUAGUUAAGCAAGAACACAGUGGUUAACUUUACAAUAGAAAACAACCUGGAAAACUGUGGUAAUGGAUGAUGGAGGACCCUAACCCUAACCUUUAGAUCAUGAAGAAGACAAAUAAUAAGACAACCAUAAAAAAUAUUACAGCUUGAGUUUAGAGGGUUAACCAAAGGAUAGAAGUCUAAGAACAGAAAAGUCAAGCUACACUUUGCUGAUUAACACACAAAAUCCUUAGAGAUCUGGGCGAAAAUCUUAUUAAUGAAUAAUAUGUAAAUUAAAAAGGUAUUGAUUUGUUGAUACCAUCAAGAUGUAAACACAGUCAUGUGGAUGGUUUGACCUGGAAUGUUCCAUUCUAGAGAAACUUCCUGACCCAGUGGUCGUGAUGGGAAUCAAGCAUUUAAUGCCUCUAAAAGCUCUAAGAAUGUUCCUAAGAAUGUUUUUAAACCUAAAUGGUUAGAAAUGCAUUGCCUGAUGCUUGAGACAUUGUUUUAUAAUAGUUUUGAGAUGAGAUUAAUUAUUAUUAUUCAUCCAUUCAGGGGAGAGAGGUUAUAUACAGGGCAUUGUUAGGCACAGUAGCACCCCUCCAAACCAAUAAAAAAGAAAAAAAAGAAUUGAUAAAAAAUGUCCACUGUAUGUUUUGGAUAUUAAAUAAAAUGGCGUUUUUGGUCACUUGGUUCCUUUCACCACCACUGUAAAGAAAUCUGAUUCACUAAGAUUCUCUUCAAUUCACCAUUUCACAUAAAAACACUCUGAAUGGCUUUGUUUACAUUUUAAUAAUAGAUUUAUGACAACGUUUUAAAAAGUCAGUGGGAUUUCCCUUCAACCUUAAGCUUAAAAGGUAUGUGAGGAAAAAUGAAUUGCUCGUUCCAGAAUACCUCAUAUAUGAAACAUGGUUAAUUGUAUGAGCAUGUGUGACCGCUGGCAGGGCUUCUAAUCUGAUAGAUGAUGUGAACUGGAUCGCUCGUCUUUAUUGACGAUGUGACCAUCAGCAGCAGGAUGAAUUCAGAAGUGAACAGAAACAUCUUAACUGCUUAAAUAACCAGAAUGUCUGAAAUCUCUGUAGAAGAUAUUUCAUAUUGUAGCAGGACAAUAAUCCAAAGUAUUGCUUCAUUUCAAAUCCAGUGCGCUGCAAUACAGAGCCAAAGCAGCAACAGCUGUGUCACUGUCCAAUCGUGUGCAAACUGCGCUGUUAUCGUGUUUGAUGCCAAACCAUUCCAUGUGCCAUACGGAAUCAUGUUCAGAGAGGAACAAAGACGGUGGGAAGCGAUCCUGUGCUUUCUGUUAGUGUUUUUAUUGCAUUACUGUAUUUAGUCAGUGUUAGUGUGUCCAUUAAGGCUGCUUUUGACACAAAACUGCCAAAAAUUUCAAGCUCACUUUAAAGGUACACUAAAUAGUGUUUUCCAUUCAUGGUACUACAAAGGUACUUCAUGAUAGCUGGUUUUCAGUAAAUUACUUAUUCCUAUAGAACAGCUGAGUCUUAUUUAACUGUGUAUGUGUGAGUUUCACCUAGUAGGAGUGAAUAAAACUUACUCUAUUUAGGUCUGCCGCAGUUACUCGAGCUGACUGUAAUUAUUUUAGUUAUUAUAUGGUUGCGUCACAACAUAUAGAACUGAAUUGGGUGUGCUUUUAUCAGUUGGGUUGGGGUAAAUACAUGGCAAUUAAAAAAAAUAGAAAACUAAGUUAUUGAGACACAUUAGGAACGUUCUAACUGCUGUCUGGUGAUAUAACACCUUUAGAGGCCAGCGGUGGGUAAUGUUUGUUUACUUGAGCUUGAGUUGUUUCUGUCAUCAGUUGGAAGCUACUAAGCAUCAACAGCUAGGAAGCAAUACAGCCAAACCAGGCAAUUAAAUUGUUAAUUGCAAUGAAUUGUUAGUGAAAAUGUCAUGAUUGUGACAAGUCUAGUACUAAUAAUGCUACUACUACUACUACUACUAAUAAUAAUAAUAACAACAAUAAUAAUAAGUGAUGAUAAUGGUAAUACAGUUUAAGCAAAUUAAUUGGUUGUGGGUCACAACUGGUCAAUUAAUAACAGCCAAAAAAGGUAUGUAAGUGGACUUAACUAGAUAAACAACAUUGGAAAAUAUUACCACAACAGAGACCUUAAUUUGAAAAAUUGAACUGCUAUCACAGUUUUUAUUUCAUUUUGAACUGUUUAAACCCAGUCAUUUUAUACCAUUUCUGUUCAUAAAGACUAAAACAGAAUCUUUCCAUUUAAAAUUGGUGCUUUACUGUGUGUAGAAUGGUGCAAUCUGAAGGCUCAACUCUGCCAUUAAGACGCAGAAAAAAAGCCUUUCCUCUUUUCCACUGUCAGGAUUCCUGCUAGGUUCCACUGGUGGGUAGUUCCUGUCCUUAAGCCAUGUGACCAUCGAUGUCACUUUCAUCUUAGCUAGCAAUAAAUGACUUACAAGCACAAUGGGGGAAACUGCUUAGUGUACCUUUAACGAAGAAUCGAGGGACCUCUAUCUGAGAGCAGUGCAAUUGAUGUGAAACGUUGCCAAAUGUGUUUUUAUCUCUCCGUUACAAAACAGCCUGCAGAGGCCAACCUGAGCUGCACAGUCCUGAAGAAACUGGAUUAAUAUAUAUAUAGAGAGAGAGAGAGAGAGAGAGAGAGAGUGCAGUGUGGUUAAUAGUCCACAGUAUUUUGUUUAAAUAUGAUGUAUUAUUCUGCUUGCCAACCGUGCAUGAACAAACUGUUUAGUUGGGGGGGGGGUGUUUUGCCUAAGGUAACAUUCCCUUGUGUCCUCGUUCAGUGUGGCAAAGUCCGUUCAAAUAGCAGAGCAGGUGGUAAUCACUGAUAGCUCACAGUUCACUGUGACCUAAAGUGACCUAAAGGACUUUGGGUACUAUAUUGUAGCUGUCGUUUCAAAACCUCAUACCUCAUAUGUAUAUAUAUAUAUAUACAUACAUAUUUCUCUUUUUUGUGUGGUAUAUUUUAUCACCAUUUGAAAACACCAGCUGCUCUUUACAUUGGAUGUUGAAUGGUCCAAUAGAAAUGGUCAAAAUUACCUGGAAUAAAAUCUCAUAUUUACUUGCAUUAGAGUUAAGAUUGUUUGUUUGUUUUUUUCCCUCUUAAACUAUUUAGAUAUAAAGUUUAGGAUGCACAAUAAUAACAGAAUCCUUUAGUUAUUGACAGAUGUUAAAGAAAAUACUGGUAUCAGAGAGAUAUUUAGAUUUGACCAGUACUUCAAACUGAUAUUUGAUGUGUUUAUUAAUCCAAAAAAAAUGUACUGUUCCUUGUAUUGAAAAAGCCAGCACAAAUGAUGUCACAAAGGACACCUCUCACAGCGCCCCUCACAGACAUCACAUGGCACGUACACACAUAUUAGCAACCACCUGGGAUACUAUAGCAGCGGCCUAGCAACACCUUAGCAACCACCUGGGAUUCCAUAGCAGCGGCCUAGCAACACCUUAGUAACCACCUAGGAUACCAUAGCAGCGGCCUAGCAGCGCCUUAGCAACCACCUGGGAUUCCAUAGCAGCGGCCUAGCAACACCUUAGCAACCUCCUGGGAUUCCAUCAGCAGCAGCCUAGCAACACCUUAGCAAAUGGCUGAGAUUCCAUUACAGCAGCUUAGCAACACCUUAGCAAUCGCCUGGGAUUCAAUGGCAAUGGCCUAUAGCAACACUUUAGCAAUCACUUGGGAUUCCAUUAGAAUAGCCUAGCCAACACCUUAGCAACCACCCCGGAUACCAGAGCAGCGGCCUACCUUAGCAAUCGCCUAUACAGAAUUAGUGCCCUUGUUCUGUUGGGACCAAUCACUUGUAUAGUUUUUAUACAAGAUUCGUUCAAACACAUUUUUUUUUCCCGUAGGAAAAUUAAUGAGUGGCAGAAUCGUGAGAGAGUUCAGUUCUAACUAGCACACAUGAUGUCACUAAGACCCUCAUAGACAUUACAUACAGUCUCACACGUACUAGCGCACACACACACAUAUACAUACUUUGUGUGUGUGUGUGUGUGUGUGUGUGUGCGCGUGUAUUAGCAACAACCUGGGCUACCAUAGGAACAACCUAACAACACCAUAGCAACCAACUACGAUACCGUAGCAACAUUAAAGCAACACUUUAGCAACCAUCUGGGCAUCCAUGGCAACGGCUCUCUCGGGCCAACUUAAUGUUCGUUCACAACUUUUUCCCCUGCUAGUUCAUUUUAUUGUAGCCUUACAGACAUAAAUGUUGUAUUUCUCUCUAAAGCUAAUUCAAGUAGAUGUAGUGCUAAUUUUUCUAACGUUUAUUCAUGUUUAUGUAUCAGUUUUCGCAGAUAUACACACGAAAAAUCCAGAGUUCCCAUAUCAGUGCAUCCCUAAUAAAGUUGCCAUUUCAGGGAUAAGAGGUUUUGGUGCGACAGCGACAAUUUAUUUAUAUCAAAUUUUAGGGGAUCAUCAGUUACAUCAGUUACUCAUAUUGCCAUAUUAGAGCGUCUAUGGCAACAUUUAAGGCUAGUACUAAUUUAGUGUUUGGAAACAGAGCUGUGCUUAUAAAAGUGAAAUCACAAACAUGAAUUAUUACCUCAGAUCCAGAGGCGGUUUCACACAGCCUGACACACUUAGAAAGUUAAUGAUUUAAUGUUGUUUAGUAUUCUUUCUCUCUUUUGACUCAAAGCCAAUUACUACAGGUGUUCUUCAGUCAGACUAGUACAAAUAGGCCCAGUGUUCUGUUAUACUAGUGUACGGUCUAGUGGCCUUUUGCUGCUAAUGUGACUUUUGUUUUUUCUUUUCUUUUGCAAAAGUUGUACACCGGCCUUUAUUUCAGAACCCCGUUGGUUUUACGGUCAGUAGCUGUGCUUGUGAGUGUUAAAGGUUUCUAUCAGUGUUCAUUUUUGUGGUCAUUCCUUUUGAUCAGCAGUGUAAUUCUUUUUCACUGUACUGAGCCUUGAUGUGUUUAAUUCUACUUCUCUAUGGUUACGUUUGACUAGUCAUGUUUCAGGAACUGUCUGUGCAUUGAACAGUGUCUCAAACCGUGGUUAGGCGAGGGGUGAGUGUGCCGUAUAGUGCAGACUGUUAGCCUGUUAAAUGGACUGUGAUGUGAGGCCAUGUUCUAAUUUGCAUUUAUUUUCUGUGAACACAUAAAAAUUGGUCUAUUAUUUAGUAAUUUUAUGAAGGUUUUUCAUUUUUUUUUUACUUUUAACAUUUUGGGGUUAUUAUAAAUUAUGUAUCUGAUUUAAAAUUGAACGUUUACAUUAUUACGCACAGAAUUAGGAGUUUUACCAGGAUACUUUAGUGUCUUUCAACCUGAUCUUUACCUGAUGUAUCUCUAGAAUACAUUCGAUUACCACAAACAGCAAUUUUGAUAUGUUUCCCUUGGCUUAGUAAAUCCUAUGACUUGAAACAUGUUUAUAAUAGAGGUCAAUGGGCAGGUGCUUCAUUGACUUCUAUUAGAAGUAUGUUUUAAUGUGUUUCUUAAGUACAGAAAUUGUCUGUAGUGUAAUCAAGUGUAUGAUACAGAUGCGUCAGAUAAAAAUUAGGCUGAAAGACACUGGACUAUUUCUUUAACGCGCACAGAAAUGGAUAAUACAGUAUCUUCAGCCCUGACCAGUGUUCAGCCUAAGAAUCAGAUCAGACACCUGAAAUACACAGAAGUGGUAACACUAUUUUACAAAGCACUCUGGACUUUAACAGGCAUCUUUUCUUUUUUCUUUUUUUAAAUGUAAUAUCUUUGUGUUUCAAUCUGUAUUUUUGAACUAUGUGAUCAAUAUUCAAAAAAGGCACAGAACAAAACCAGCAUGUUAAGUCAAAUGAUGGAUGUAGUUCAUCGGGACGGUACGUACAGCGUCCCCAGUGGGGCGCACAAACAUUCAGAAUGAAAUUAAGCUAUAAUUGCCAUUUACAGUAAAUGAGAUGGGUCAGAUAUUUUUGAGAAAGGUGUUAUUCUUUUUUACAUUAAUGGGGAUGUUGUAAUGUGUAGGUUACCUAGAAGAAAUAAAGGAUGUUGAAGAUCAA